GGCGGCUCGUUUUCCGGUUGUUUGUAAUGCUAAUUAUCUAACCAAAUAUUCUGGCACUAAUUAUCUGACCUUUGGGUUCGAAAAGGAACGAAAGAAUAGAAGUUCGAAGGGUCACAAACUGUCCGUUUAAAUACACCCGUUCAAUUGAAACUGUUUACAGUAGCUUCAAACCAUCGACAGUUAGAGGUCUUAUUUCACAAGCAAACAGACAAACAUCAUGAACUUCAAAUUACUGCUUCGUAUCAGCUCAAUCCUGGCCGCCCUCGGAUUGGUCGCCGGCAAAUCGUUACCGGCCGAUGUGGAAACAACUCCGUUGCCAACUACGGCGCCAACCAGCCCGGAAACGAAAACCUACGAAGACACCGUACAGCAGCAGAUUUCACCCUUUCUCAAGAUCCACCAGAUGCUGGUGGCCGUGCAGGACAAGGUGACGGAAACGGCGGCCCGGACGAAACUGAACGUCGAACAGGCGGCCUCAAAGUGGACCGACAGCGUCAAGAGUCUGUGGCAGGGCGGUUCGGGGUACAGCAAGGAUAAGAAUCCACACGAGCCGGAAGUGGUGCUGGUCACCAUUUCACCGAAUUCCGUGUACGUUUACGGUGACGAGAGUGAGAAGGGGUACGGGCAGUAUGCGCACUGAGUCCCGUGAUUUAAAAUUUCUAAUAUUUGAUAAUAUUUAUUUGUAGAUAAACGAAAAAUUGCUAAAGUAAACGAAAAAGUUAUCCUUAUUUGAAGAAUGUCAUUUGUUAUCUAACUUGGUAACAGUAGACUAACU